AUUUCAGUGGUAUAACAAUGGAUGAUUGCUCGCUUGCUAAUAACGAGACAGGUAUCCUUCAGCUGAUAGAACCUUAGUCGAAGGACCUUCGACAUUGCCCCAACACGAGCCGCCGCCGCCACCCCGACCCCACGGUCUCACUAGUCCUUUAGAAACCAGGAGGAGUAGUAAUGAUAGUCCAGGAUCGCAGAUUGCCCAUGAGCUCAGAGCAGCCGUCGAUAGGUCACCCGAGAAUAUGGACCUCGACAACAUUCAGGAGCCGACUAAGACCAUACGCGUGAGUGAGCUCAACCAUCUUCAACGACAAGGGGUGGAAAUGAAAAGAUCAGAACAAUCUGGCUUGAAAAUUGCGGAAGCACUUAUAGCACCUUACAUAGAAAGAGCCCAGAGGCCACAUUAUCAAACUCCUUACCCCCCAAUCCAACCUACUAGUAGGAGAAUUCAAGAGGUCGAUAGAGAGGUUACCGUACCAAAUCAAAUUCCUGGACAUCCACGCAAGCUUGAGAACACAGCUAAGGGAUUCUGGAAGAUUGUACGGAACGAUAUCAGCGAGGAAAAUGCGGAUGCGACUGGGGCGGCCGAAAAAGCUUUGGGCCAAAACACGGAGACUACUGGAAUCCCGAGACUAGAGAUGUCCGUUGCUAGCAGCCAUUCUCCCGAUACUACAAUGGCUGAAGGGGUUUCUAGAGCACAGGACGAGGUUCCUACCCCGCUGCGUCCUGGUUCGCCCGCUCGGACGUCAGUCUCUUCUUCCACAACACCUCGUGAGGAGGUCAUAUUGGGCGACUCGAAUAGCGAAGAGAUAUCUUCGACCACCCUCCUUGAACCACUGGAAGCAAAACGCCAACAGAGAGCAGAAGCAUAUGAUUCCAGCGCUCUCGACUCCUGGCUGAAGACGCAAUCCCUCCCUGAACCAGAAUAUCCACCCACCUCCGAGGAGCUUGCCAAAACCCAGAUGUGGGGCCAUAUCGACCCUCGUAUCAAGUGGCCGAAAGACCACUCUGAAAGAUGGCUCACUGAAAAGCGGAAAGAGAUCGAAGCUCGGGGUGGGCGCAAGGCUAGUUUCGGUAGGCUUCUAACGGCACAGGUUGUGAAGGAGAGGAGGGAAAGGGGCUGGGGUAUACACCAAAAUAAGGACGUGGUCGAAGAUGAGAGAUCUGUGGAAGGGGCGCGGGUCUUGGAGGAGCUAUUUGGGGUUAGGGGGAUCGACAACUUCGAGCCAGGUGUGAGGGAUGGGCAGCUGAUUAUGAUGGAGAGGGCUGUCCGUGAGAAUGGAAAGAAAAAGAGGAAACCCAGAAUUUAUGCGGUUGGAUGAUGGGGAAUACCUUUUAAGACAUGUGCAUGUAUGUAUGUGGCAGUGGUUUAUGUGUGAUACCCAGAAAGCGAGCAUAUAAGAUGGCUUAUGACACGAAUGCCAUACAUGAUGACCCUAGUCUUGACAGCUUAUGUUCGUGGCAUAAGGACCGCUGUCGACUUGUUUUGGGCAAUUCGAGUUUUUCAAAGUUCGGAGCUACAUGAACAGUCCCUCCUGCCAGCCAACUCUAUCUUCAGGAGAAAAAUAAUGAUCUCUAAGUGUAAACUGAUACAAUUCCUUCAAGCAGGGUUCCCAAUAGCAUUGAUUACUCA